UUACAAAAGUGAAAGUGAAAAAUAAAAUUAUUUAAAUUUUGACAGGGAAAUAAAUAAAAAUAAAAUGAACAAAAAGUGAGGUUAAAUUUCAGAUAAUUGUAAAUAUUUUUUCCGACGAUGAAUUUCACAAUUAAAAAAACAAAUUUUUUGUGAACAAAGUAAUGGAAUUAUUAACAAAAGCAAAACAAUGGCAGAGGAGAAGAGAAAAAUAGAAUUUGUUGAUGGUCCUUGCAGAAUAAAACCAAGAAAAUUUCCAGCUCAGAAUAUCGUGCUGAGACUGAGACGUCGAGAAACUAUUGGAUGUCAGUAUCCGGGUACGCAGGUCCUAGUAGCUCGACAAUUUUACCAGAAUGUAUUUCCAAAUUUCACGGUAGUAAAUGUGGAAAAGCCACCGUGUUUUCUCCGAAAAUUCAGCCCCGAUGGCAGGUUUUUAGUGGCCUUCAGUGCCGACCAAACUUCAAUUGAGGUAUAUAAAUACGAGGGAGCUUCUGCAGCCGCAAAGUUACUCGUAGACUGCAAGGGUGAGAGGGAGUACAUCGGGCACAAGAAUGAUGACAAAAGUUUUCGGAUUCGUAAUAAUAUUUUUCACCAGUUUUUUAAGCUAAAAUGGGUCAUCAAUGUUGUUGACAGCAGCGAGCAGCUCAAUAGAGAAUGCAGUUUAUUUACUGAUGAUGGUAGAUACGUUAUUGUCGGAUCGGCGAAGCAUAUUGCUGAUGAACUGAGGCCACAUUUUUAUCAGAUUUAUACCAACAAUGAAGCGUUGACUCCAAAUCCAAGAUCACCGCUUGAAGAUUAUACUCUUCAUCUUAUUGAUCUUAAAAGCGGUAAAUUCUGUGAUUAUCGACGUUUUUUAGUAGACAAAAUUUAUCUAUCUCAUAAUCAAGGACUUUAUUUGUAUAAAGACAUUUUAGCGGUUUUGUCAGUACAGCAUCAAACCAUUCAUAUAUUUCAAAUUCUUGAUGGAAUGUUCAUUGAAGUCAGAACUAUUGGAAGGUUUUGUCUAGAAGACGAAAGUUAUUUAUUAGCAUCAGCGUAUCCUAACAUAAACACAAGACCAUACAAAGACACAAUGAUUAAUACACUUAAGCAUAAAUUAUUAAUACAUUUGUACAAACGUGCUGCAUAUAUCAGCAGCACUUCAAAGGAUCCGUAUGAAUUGCGUCGAUUUUACCAGUACUUCGAUCAGUUUGAAGCCUUGCGAAUGUGGAAGAUGCAAUUAUUGGAUACAAACCACAUCUUAGUCCGUUACGCCAGCGAAGAAGUCGCAACACUCCAAACAACGGACCCAAAUGCCCAUCCUGCUCUACUAGUUGUCUACAAUAUGGUCUCGGCAAAGGUGAUAGCUGCUUACGACAAUGCGUCACUACACAUGCAGACCCAGUUUGAGAAUUUUACAGACUUCUUCCGAAACUCAGACACUCCGUACAUGUGCUCGCCUUCAAAUAACAUUUACGCGCGGCUAACGCAGCAGAGGUACAAACAGACCAUUGUGAGUGCUCGGUACGGAGGAUUGACUGAAGCUACCAAAAGACUGCUCUCUCAAUUGCCAAUUUGUGCUCAGUCUUACUCGAGCUCGCCUUAUCUUGAUCUUUCACUGUUCUGUUACGAUGACAAGUGGGUGUCGAUGAUGGAGCGACCCAAAGCUUGUGCUGAACAUCCUAUUAGAUUUUACGCAAGAGAUUCAGGAUUAUUAAAAUUUCGCUUGCAUGCAGGAAUGUUGGGAAGAACAACUCCCGUAGUAGCAAGAAGACUUGUCGCAUUUACGUUUCAUCCUACUGAUCCCUUUGCAAUAUCAGUUCAACGUACCAACGCUGAGUAUAUUGUUAGUUUUCACGUUCGGCAUGAUUAAUAUUAAUUACUCACUAAUUAAAUGUCUGUGAUGCAUUUAUAUUAGUUUUGUUAAUUCAAGUGAAAAUUUUCAGUAGUUUUGGAGUUUUCUUGUGUAAAAUUCAACGAAAAAUUUUCAGCCGACAGUAGCCAACACUUUUACGCUCUAUAGCGGUGUGCAAUAAAUAAUUUAAUACAAACAGUUUAUGUUUAUUAUCAAUUAUUUUGUAUUUUCUUUAUAAACAUUC